UCUGUUUUCUCCAUGAGCAAAUAAAAAUAAAUAAAAUUCGGUUUUUUUUCUUUCUUUUCAUUCUCUCACGCUCUGCUUUUUGUGUAAUUUCCCGGCAACGGAGGAGGAAGAGUGUAAGCAAGAAAUUACUCUUCUUCUACGGAACAGAAACAUAUAUCUCUCUCUCUCUCUCCUUCUCCUCCUCUUUUUGAUCAAAAGCUUUCUUCUUUUGUUUUGCUGUUCAUGGUUUCCUCCAUCGCAGUUGGUGAGGCCAAAAAGAUGGAGUUAGAACCCAAGGAAUCACUAUCUGCUGACAUGCCAUCUUUGGUGAGAAGAUCAUCUGAAGCUUUUAAUGGAGGCAGUGGAUAUCAUUCUGCAAGUGAUCUGAGCAUGUUCUCAAGCUCAUUGCCUACAGUUUUUCAUGAAAAGCUGAAUAUGACUGAUUCAGAUAGCUGGCUCUCACUUGAUGAUAACUCACCCAAUCUGAACAAACUCGUCAUAGGAAACUCAGAGAAGGAUUCUUUGGAAGACGUUGAACCUCAUUCUUUAGAGAUCUUGCUUCCUGAAGAUGAGAAUGAGCUCCUUCCUGGCCUCAUUGAUGAGCUUAACUUCAGCGGCCUGCCUGAUGAACUCGAUGAUCUCGAUGUCUUUUGCACUGGAGGGGGUAUGGAACUGGAUGCUGAAUCCCAAGAUAAUCAUGCUGUUGAUGCAUCUGGUCGCGGUGCUGCAAAUGCAUUUGUUCCUCGUAAGCGCCCCAAUGCAUCUGGCAGAGUUUCGGUAGAGCAUCCGAACGGUGAACAUCCUUCAAGGACGUUAUUUGUGAGGAAUAUCAACAGCAGCAUCGAUGAUUCAGAGUUAACCGCUCUCUUUGAGCCGUUUGGGGAGAUAAGGAGUUUGUACACUGCAUGCAAAAGCAGGGGUUUUGUAAUGAUAUCCUACUAUGAUAUCCGAGCUGCUCAUGCUGCAAUGCGUGCACUACAGAACACUCUCUUAAGAAAAAGGACACUGGACAUUCAUUUCUCCAUUCCUAAAGAAAAUCCAUCAGAGAAGGAUAUGAAUCAAGGGACUCUUGUGAUUUUUAAUGUGGACUCAACAGUAUCAAAUGAUGAGCUCCUUAAGCUUGGUGCCUAUGGUGAAAUAAGAGAGAUUAGAGAAACUCCAAACAGGCGAUUCCACAGGUUCAUUGAGUACUAUGAUGUUAGAGAUGCAGAGUCAGCUCUAAAAGCACUGAACAGAAGUGAGAUAGGUGGAAAGUGUAUAAAGUUAGAACUUAGCCGUCCUGGAGGUGCUCGUCGAGUCUUGGUCCCUUCAACAAGUCAAGAUUUGGAGAGACACGAAGUUGCAAGUUUCUUAGCUUCACAGGUUGCCAAUUCUCCACCAGGUAACUGGCCGCCCAUUGGCAGCCCCUUAAAGGGAUCUCCUACUCAUGCCUUUCCGAGGCCACACGGUCUAGGAAUCAUCAGGCCAUUUAACCGAGAUAACAUGCCUGGUUUGGCUUCAGUUCUCCCUGGUCAGACCUCUAGCUUCCAUGGCUUUUCACCAGUCAGUAACGACCAAGGGCUGUUGAAUCAUCCAAACCAAACUAUUCUGAACAAGGGUUUGAUGCACAGCGUUCCCUAUGGGCAACCUCACUCGUUGCCUGAGCAUAUAGGAGGGGGUAUUUCUAACUCCAUGAGGUUUAUAGCUCCACACUCCUCUGGAUUCGGGACUUCAUCUGAUAACCGCUUUCGCUGGGGAAGUCCUCCUCAGCAUAUGAAUUAUCCUGUUUACACUGGUGCCUCGUCCUCAUCGUCACCACCAACUGAACGGCCUUUUGUUGUUAGGCAUGGUUUUCCAUUUGCUGAAAGGCAAGGUUCAUUGCUUGGGAAGUACCAGCAUCAUGUGGGUUCUGCUCCUUCAAGCACUCAUUUUAAUAGCUACACUGGUUCACCAGAGACAUCCUCUCUGAUACCCUUUGGGUUUGGCGAUAUGGGAGUUAACAAAACCUAUGCCAGUGCUCUUGGAAAAGCGAACCUUGGUGUUGGUCUUCAGGGAAACCAGAAUAAACAGGACUUCACUGGCUUUGGCAUGUCAGUUCCUUUCGGCGGGAGUAGAAGAUUAGAAUCAGUAAAACAUGAACCCUUUGCUGAGCAAGGUAGGAUCCAACACAUAGAUGGUGGUGGUCAAUAUCAUAUUGACUUGGACAGAAUUGCUACUGGAGAUGAUAUUCGGACUACAUUAAUCAUCAAAAACAUCCCAAACAAGUAUACUUACAAGAUGCUGGUGGCUGAAAUUGACGAGAAGCACAAGGGAGACUAUGACUUUCUGUGCUUACCUAUAGACUUUAAGAAUAAGUGCAACAUUGGUCACGCUUUUGUCAACAUGGUCUCUCCAUUGCACAUUGUUCCCUUCCAACAGACCUUCAAUGGUAAGAUAUGGGAGAAAUUCAACAGUGGGAAAGUUGCUUCAUUGGCAUAUGCAGAGAUUCAAGGAAAGUCUGCUCUUGCUUCAUACAUGCAGAAUCUAAGUACUAUGAAAGAAGAAAAGCAAUUGUUUCAAGAAGUCUCCCACCACAAUGAUGAGAGUCAAGACUCCAAGAAUCAGGACCAACUUUUUUCAAGCAUUUGGAACAUAACAGCGCCUGAUUCAGAUUGGUCUUACACAAUGGACGUUAUCGAGAAUCCGAGGAAGAACAUUGCAGAAGAGUCUUCUCAAAUCCCAAGCCAGUAAGCAGGGAACUCUAACUCACCAUCAAAGGUAAGUGUACAGAUCGGGUGCUGAGAUGGAAGAAACAUAUGUACAGUAUCAAGGCUUGUAUCUUCCACGCAACAGAGUAGCAGGUUUUUAGGGAUUACUUCACACCAAAAAAAAAAAAAAAAAAGAAAAAACAUCCCUUUUAGUACAUUAUUACGUUAUUAUAUAACUUUAUUUGGGAAACUUCUAUUUGUCAGUAAUGUAUAUAUAUGUACCAUCCUCUUGCGUGUACAUCCUUGUGUCCAUGUGAAAGACAUGAUCAGUGUUUAGUUGUUUCGUUACAACAAUCUCGUUAUAAGUCUCUCUCAGUUAGUUACCGUUACAAAACCG